AGAUUAAGUUUUGUAUUUUCCAGAUAAUGCACCAGUUAGCAAGGGACUCAUGGGAUGCAUGUUCCUGACAUGUACAGCUCUCAAUGUGCCACUCUUUGCACAUUUAAGAAAAUACCUCAUAUGCAAAAUCCCAGAUGUCUUUCUUAAAGGAGAGAUAUGGCGAAUAGCUUCAGCAAAGAUUUCUUUUGUUGACACUAAGGAUCUAGUAUGUGGUUCCUUACUUAUUUAUUAUUUUAGAGUGUUUGAGCGACGGUACGGGUCGCACAAGUUCGCAUCAUGUCUGGUGGCUUCGCAGGUUCUUACAACAGUGCUAGAAGUUCUCACCAUACUUACAUUGCAAUGGCUGGCAAUAGACCUACAUUCAGGGGGGUUCCUGCCUCCUGGACCGUAUGGUAUGAUCUUUCCUCUCUUCGUGAACUACCUAUUUGAUAUUCCUCGAGUCGCACAGACGAGUGUGCUUGGGAUACCUAUAACAGGGAAGACCCUCACUUACCUGUUAGGUUUACAGGUUUGCUCCACAUCACCUGCAACAGCUACGUCAGCACUCUGCGGCAUUAUUGCAGGUGUGUUCUAUCGGUACAAUAUUUUGUAUAUUCAGCAAGUGCCAUGGGUGCCAGGAUGGUUGGCUCGUGGUGCCAAGGCCACUCUGGCUCGGCUGUUGGCCUCCCCACCCCCUCCAGAGGGCCCAGCGGGAGCCACGCUAGAGUUGCAGCGGCAGGAGCAGAUUGAGAUGUGGGAGCAGCAGAUGAUGAUGAACAGAGCAAGGGAAAUGCGCAAUCGACCAGGGGCAAACGGUGCUGUCCCUCCAUUCAUGCAAAAUUUCAUUGGAAGAAGACAAAACAAUCCAGUUCACCCACCACCCCCUCCCACUGAGGAACAGGUACAAACCUUAGUUGAGAUGGGAUUUGACAGACAGAGAGUGAUCAACGCCCUUCAGACUUGCAACAACGACGUAAACACAGCAACACAUCUCCUUCUUCAGGAAUCAUGAUAAAUGUAGUGCUGUAGUCGAAACAAUGGACAACUAUUGUGAUAGGAUCUGUUGGGGAGGCUGCAUUUAGAUACCUAUUCCUAUAUUUUGUAAUAACCUAUGAAAGGUCUAGAGUUUUUUAAUAUCAUGCUGAUCAUAGAAAAUCUAAUAUUUGAAUAUAGGUAAGAGGAAGCAUUUAUGCAGUAAUUUCCAAAUCUAUAGAGUAUUUUUCACUUUGAAAUGCUAUGCCCGCAUGAAGGUCAAUCUGGAGACCUGCGAAAAGCUAGUCAUAGCAACUCACCAACUAAUCUACAGAAAAUGUAUCAUCAAAAUUAGAGAGGAAAUAAAGAUAUCUUAUAAAUUGU